CUUAUAUAAAACUUACUUCCGACGUAAGGCAUCCUUCAGUGGUCACGAUGAAGUCAAUAUUACAAGUUAUAGCUGUUGUAGUGAUGAUCAUUUUAGAUUCGAAUGGAACAAAAAUAAAUAAAUGCCAAGGAGACAAUGCGCCUUCAAUAAAUGAUCUCAAGGUUAUGCUUGGAAAUUGUACAGAUGAAGUACCGUGCGUAUUGACUGCGGGUGAAACAUACAACUUUGAACAGAAAUUUAAAGCCCCAAAAGAUGUCGAUGAUCUCCAAUCAAACGCAUUUGGUUUAGUCUUUACAUAUUUAAUAUCUAUUAAAAGUGCGAGUGAUCCUGAAGCAUGUAAAAAAAUAGAAAAUACAAAAGGUAUGACAGGAGUAUGCCCUUUAAAGAAGGGUGAAAACUACAUCUACAAAAAUGCAAUUAAAAUAAAGGAAAACGAAAUAAGGGCUAGCAUUAACGUACAAUGGCAUCUGACACACGCUAAUGAAAGUCUUACUUGCUUCGAAAUUCCUAUAAAAAUUCAAGAUAAAUAAUUAGUAAACUCAAACCGUCGUGAAAUAAACCUUUGCAGUUGAACCGAAUUGUUUUGGCAAUUUAUUUCCUGUUGCAAACUUGUUAAUCACAAUGCAGCAUAAUUUUCAAGUUAUGUAAUAUAUACUUUUAAUGUAGGUACAACGUAUCGGGUAUAUAGAGUGGUAAGGGAAGAAUAAACUUAACAGGAAAUGGACGGUAAUUGAUCACCUAGAAAAAUUAUAAAAAAACUAAGCUUGAUUGAUAAAAAUGGCAAAACUCGUUACUAAUUCCGCGCAAUUUUUCUAUCCAACCCAAAUAUCAUUAUAGCUGUCCGUUUUGCUAUCCUUGCUAAUUACGCAUUGUUUUUCUGUAAUAUUUUCAAGUCAAUUUUCGUCGAUUUCCAACUGAGUUUCUUCAUCAAUUGAUAAGUGAUAAAUCUUACAGAAUCAAGUGCUUUUGAAAAUAAAAACAAUUUUUUAAAAUCCA